UCCACUUUAAUUAUGCUUCUCCUGAAAUCCAUUGAAACAAAAAAGGGAAGGUCGAAGAUGACCAACUCGGCUUUUAAGAGAAUGGAGGGUGCUCUGCAUAACAUUAAAUAUAGUCAGAAUUAAUGAAAGGGCCUGCCCGGCUUCAAGGGAGCACCCAGAAGAUUUGUAGGUUAGUGAUGAGCUAACGUUCUGUGUGACUAUAACACUCUCCCGGUUCUUUAAUCUUAAUUUUAAUUGCCGUAAUUCCGGUGUCCCCUGUCCCCUGGCCAACUUCUGGCAGUCUGAUGGAUGGUUCAGAGGCUGUAAUCAGUGUAGAAACAAGAGUUUUACUUCUCAUUAUUAUUCAAGCAUAAAUUGUCAAGAUGGCAAACUGUUUGAGGGAUCCGCUUCUUAUGGAUCCCUGCAAUUCAUCAUCACAGCUUGAGGAUUCCAUUGAGCGGAUAAAGAAUGAAUGGAAACACAGAAGGAAAAUCACAGACUGGUGCCGAAAACACAUUGCGCCACAGGAACCAGGUGAAAGAGAUUCUUGGAGAAAUAGAUUGGGAGAAUUCUUGGAAUCAACGCCUGUUCAUGUGGCCACUCUGAUUCUUCUCCUAAUUGAUCUCCUGGCAACUGCAGUGGACAUCCUGAAGACGCUCCACAACAAAUCUCAUGAUCUGAAUAAGUGCACAGCCCUGGUGGAGUCCUGUCAUUGCGUUGCCCAUUUCCAGAGGAGCGAAUCACUGGAGUUUCUGUACUGGGUUGGAAUUGUCAUACUGAGUUUGCUCCUGCUUAAUGUUGGGGGGCUGCUUGUGGCAUUUGGGUUCUCCUUCUUUGGGCAUCCUGGCUACAUACUGGAUCUCGUUGUGCUCACCACUGCUCUCUGCCUUGAAAUAUUCCUGGACGCACAGACUGCAGGGCUUCUGGUUAUUCUUACUCUCUGGCGCAUAGUGAGAGUGGCCCAUGGGAUUUUUGAGGUUACCGAUGAUGCCAUGGAAUCUGAGAUUCAUAACAUCGAGACCCAGUUUGAGGCCUUGGAAUCCAACAACAAGCAGAUGCAACAACUCCUCCAAGAUAAGGAUGCCAAAAUUGCGCAACUGGAACUUCAGCUUCAGCAAUCGCAGAUGGACACUUAAUGAAGAACCAUGAAGUGUUACUUUUGCAACUCUUAGGUUUCCAAUGGUAAAAGAAGCGGUAGAUUUGAAAGAUUCACAGCAAAAAUAUGGCUGCGUGGGUAAAAGGUAGAGAAGGAACAAAAGAAUUCACCAAUAUGGUAUUCAUGUUAUUGAAUGUGACAAGCCUCAUGACAGGAAUAUUCUGGCUUUAUCCAACUGCCAAGAGUAUGGAAUCAGCUAUUCUCAUAUCUUACUAUAUACGAAAUUGUUAAAUUGAAAAUUAAUCCUGUGGAGAGGGUAUUGACUCCAUUUUCUGUGGAGCAAGCCUAUUAUAUUUUGUUCACAGCGGUAGGUUCUCCAACUUGCCAGUAGACUACAGCUCUGAUCCCAAUAGACGAGAAAUCUUUUUGCUGAAGAGAAGCUGGAGAAUGCUGAAAAGCUAUUCCCCUCAAGACUCAGUGGACCUAUAUUGAUAAGUUGUUGCAUGAAUGCAUCUUAAAGUUGACGCUUAUUUGCACUAUAUUGCACUUU